AUAAAAAAACACUUUAUUAUGAUUUUUACUACUAAACGUAGGUGUUUCGGAAAAAUGAUUUAAACGCCUUGGUCCCCACUUGUCGGCGGCCAAUAAGGGUUGAAUAUAUUUUGGUAUAAGCCAUGGUUACCAACGCUUAUCAGAUGCGGUAUAAACAAGUACUUUAUCUAUAAUGUGAUAAGCAUAAUAAAAACAGCGCGCAGGCCACGGUUGACGAGUUGUGAAAUAUAAUUAUUAGAGAAUAUUAUUGUUAGAAAAUAUAUACAGUUACUGUAAAUCGUAGUAACUAGUGUCAUACCACAUCAUGUGUGAAUGUAACUCCCUUGCUACCCGAAGGCAAAGUAUCUUUGGUAGACAUUUUCCUGGACAGGAUGAAAUCAAGGAUACUGGGAUUAAAGAGUUACUGAGAUUUAUAAAGAAAUCAGGACUAUUCAACUUAGAAGGUUAUUAACUAAGCAGGACAUGGGCAUGACAAACUAUGUGAAACAGGACUUCGGUAUUUUACAAUCAAGAAGCAGUCAUGAUGGACUGGAUGUACGAUGGUAUCAAGGUCGAGAAAGAAGAUUAUCUUUUGGGACGAAAAGUCGACAAAAAUUUCGGCGACAAUUCUGGUAAAGAAACAUUUUUACCCACUCCAAUAUGCUUGGCAGAGUAUAAAUUCUCACAAGUGGACAUGUCUAAGAAAAUCUCUGAGGAUCUAUUGGUGAAAAUUAAGAAAAGAGAAAUUGAAUGCACUCGAAAACUUCUGCAGAAUCCGAUGCGUUUGAAAAAACAACAAAAUACUAAACUGUUUCAAAAAAACGGAAUUGACGACCAUCAAUUGGACAUGAUCCUUGUAAGCCGUUUGAAAUCGUAUGAGAAGGCCGGACUUGAUCUUGCACAAAUAUUGUCAAUCACUAAACAUAAAAAGAAGCAUAAGGAAGAUAUUAAAGAGACUGAAAAAGAAUUGACUGAUAAAAUAAAUAAUGAUAGGCAAAGAAAACAAAGAAACAAAUCGGCCAGUUUGGACAGAGAAGUUCCUGGUCACAGCCCGUAUAAAGACCAACGACAAGAAGUAAAUAGAAAAUACAACCAGAGGUGGUCUGUUAGUAGUGAAUCGAAUGGCAGUCCAAGUGAUCAAAAUACAAUGAUGAUGAUUCGAAAGACAACAAAAUCUAGGUACAAGGAAAGGAAUAGUUAUCACCAAAGUGGUAAGAACAAUGAUAGAAAGCGACAUAGGUCGCCGAGUUGUGAAAAAAAGUCCGAACAAACAAAUCCUAAACGGUAUGAGGCUGUAAAAAAUAAAAACCAAGUCAAAGACAGAUUGGGCAGUUCUGAUGAAGAAAUCCAGAAAAGGAAUUCAAAGAACUCUAAUUAUGAUUGUAAAAGUAGUAAUAACAGGAAUGAUCGAAAUAGAAAAAGUAGAUCGAGCAGCUCGAAACCACAUGACAAACAGAGAAAAAAAACUGAGCCGAAAAAGCACUAUGAUAACAACAAACAUGAGUCUAAAUUGUCAAGUGAUUCAGACUGUGAUAAAAGCAUAAAAGUUUUAAAACUAAAACCGAAACGGUGCCAUAGUAGUUCUGAAAGUAGUUUGUCAGACGCAGAGCAUAACAAGAAUGAAACCAAACCCAAAAAUUAUGGUCUGUUUGUCCCUGUUGCUCAAAAGUUAAAAAAAAAACCUUCAAAUAAUUCGUUGGUACCGUCCAAAGUAGCAAAUAGCCAAAAAGCUGAACUUGCCCGUCUCAGCGAGUCACUUAAAAAGAAGGGGAAAAUGACAGAUGAAGAGAUGGAGAAAUUGAGAAAAGAAAUGAUGCAUGAUGCUAAAAUUAGGGAUAAGGAGCGAUCUAGUAGUGUAAAACGUUACAGAAAAGUGGACGCAAAAGAAGAAGAAAAGCAAAAACCUUAUAGUAAAGAGUUUUUAAUCAAACAACUUGCACACGCAGCUUCACAGGUCAGCGUAGAAAGGAGUAUUAAGUCUAAUAUAAAUAAGUUGCAAAAAAAUCCUAGUAUGGCCGAUUAAAAUGUUAAAAAUAUUUUUCCAUUUAUUAUGACAAUUUGUUAUUUGACGCAGUUAUAUUU